UGUGGGAUAAUCGUAUCCUAGAUUCAUCGUGCAUAUCGUUGCAGUCGCGCGACUUCCUGUACCCUAUCUCGCCGAUCUAAACCAGAUCUGGGACCAAUCCAGGUCUGACUCACACAACAGCCUAUAAGGCACCUUCCCCUCAUUCUGGCAUUUCUAAGCAAUCUUCCAAAGCAAUGGCGAAUCCGCAGCUGGAAGUUUCGCUUUUGAAGCCUGAGGAGGCGGAGGAGUUUAUGCGCAUACGACACGAAGUAUUCAGGCCAACUAUCAACAAGAUCCUCUACUCCCGCGGCGAGCCGUCGCAGAAGACGCUUGAUCGAGUGACAGAAGAAAUUAGGGAUGGCAUCGUCAACAAAGGGAUCUUGUACCUCAAGUGCGUAGACAAGUCAACCGGAGAGAUGAUCGCGGGAGCGCGCUGGCGAUACGCUAAGCCUAAAGAAGAUAGGGCAAGAGAAAGGACGUGGGAGGAAGUGGAAGCAGGAUUUACUGUGCCGGAGCCAUACGACGAAUCUGAACCGGAGCUCUUUCGACAUUUGUUCCAUCUCCUUAACACCAACAAGCGAGAGCUACUGGAGACCAGACCAUAUUACACACUGAUCACGUGUGCUGUUCUGCCACAGCAUGAACGACGAGGCGCUGGAAGUAUGCUCGUGAAGUGGGGGUGUGACAGGGCAGAUGAAGCUGGAGUUGAGGCAUAUCUCGAAGCGAGUCUGAUGGGGGUCCCAAUGUAUGAGAGACAUGGCUUCAGGCCUGUGAAGCGGAUCGAAUUGGACAUGAAGAAGUUCGGCGCUGAGGAGAAUGCGCCAUUCGUUGUGAUGAUUAGGCCGGCCAAGGAACAGCCUGCGGAUCCUUCUACUGCCGCAUGAUGAGCAUCUCGAGGUAAAUUUGAACAUUAAUGCUACAUCUGGGUACGCGGGAAGAUCACGAAAUUAUACAAUUAGCGGUUAACAGCAGCUUGGAAACAAAAUAACUCCCUAUUUCGACUCAAUCCGCAAAAAAUGAACCAGGUCUCAGCCUGUACGAAUAUCGAGACGAUGACACUUAGCCGUUAGGUCUGUAGAAACCAAGCGAGCCACAUUUCUUGCGCCCC